UUGAACAAAACCACAUCCAAGUGUCUAGUUUACUCGAACUUUCCUGGAAAAUAAAAAGAAUCGGACCAAAUAAAGGAUCGCGACGCGACCCAUUACAGUUACAGUGUCGAUUCUUCUUCCUCGAAGUUGCGUUGACCCACCCUUCGUUCUUUCCUUUUCUGUCUCUUUUUCUCUCAUCUCAUCUCACACAACACCACCCAAAUAGAAACCGCGAAUUCCCUUUUGCAGUGUAUGACGAGCGCUUCAGAACUAUUCUACACCAGGAGACACCGAUUAGGUCGAAAUGAUAUCGAUUCAUCUUUCCAAUCUUCACCUACUCCCGAUUUCCAUCCCCACCGCAUUCACGAUUCCGACGAUGACGAUUCUCUCCGUAUCCGCCGCCACGUCCGCCGUCCCCGUCACCCGGAGCGUGCACCUGAUAGAUUUGAUGGGAGGUAUCGUCGGGCGCUAUUAAAUGAUAGUGUUGAUUCUGUAGAAACUGUGAGACGUGGUGAAAGAUUACCUGUAGAUGUGAGACUUGCGCGAGAAAGACUCCUUCAGAGGUUAAGAGGAGGAGGAGGCAGUGAAAGAUUACCUGUAGAUAGAAUCAGGCAAUAUGAUUGGAAUUCAUGGGAUGAUGAUCAAGAAAGUGAGUUAUCAAGUGAAAUUCCAUCUGUGGACUCUUUAGUUAAUGACUUGACUUCUCAAAUGGCAAGGUUCCGACUCUUGCACUCACCAACCAAAAAGCCACCCGGACUCACUCAGGAGGCGCUGGACUGUUUACAUGUUAAAGUUUUUAGCAGCAGUGAGACCUCAUCAGAAUCCAGGGUACUACAGGAUUGUGGGAUAUGCUUGGAAUCUUUCACAGACGGAGAUAAACUAAUCCAUUUGCAAUGUGGACAUAAAUUUCACUCUGCUUGUUUGGAUCCUUGGAUUCGCAGUUGUGGAGACUGUCCAUUCUGUCGAAGAUGUAUAGUUGUGAAUAGUCAGUCACCUUCCAUAAAGUGAAGCUAUGUAGUUUCUUGAUGAUUUUUGUUGUUGUUCUGUGACUGUAUGAAGGAUGCUGCAAUAGAGCUGGCAUUUUGUAGUGAUGUGGUGUUUUAUCUUGAAAUUAAGUAGUUUUUCUUGCUUUCAACUCUGUUGUACUCCCUAUAUGUGCCUUGUUCCCACGAAGGAGAGAUGGUGGAGUGAAGGAUACAUUUUUUAAAAGAAAGUGUCCGUUCUGUAUAUAUGACAGGAUAAUAAUAUCUUUAUAAUAGUAUAUAAAUUUUUAUUAUUA